AUGAUACCAGAACCCGAGUUUAUGCAAAUGGUCGACUGGGAAUCUCGAGGUAUUCCUUAUGGCCGACCCGCAGAGGUUAAUCUGCGAAACAACCACGCUCAGUACAUCCUUACCUGGUACGGCCUUUGCUUUGCAACCUCCAUCAUGCUUUGGAUGGUGGUUAAGAAGCCCGCAAACGAUGUUGCUCGUCGUGUAGCCCGCUCAAAGGGCCUGUAA